AUGGAACAGGGAGAGUGGGAACCAAUAAGAAUCUCGAGUAACGGGCCCUCAUUGUCCCGUCUAUUUUUUGCUGACGACCUCAUCUUGUUCAGUGUGGCUUCGAUGAGGCAGGUCCAGGUGAUACUACGGUGUCUAGAGGAGUUUGGAGCAGCAUCAGGGCAACAAGUUAGCAGACCCAAAUCACGUGUCUUUUUCUCGAAGAAUGUUACUGUAGCGGAGGGGGAUGCGAUCAGCAAUGCUUUGAAUAUCCCGACAACUGCUAAUCUUGGGAGGUACCUAGGGGUUCCGGUGAUCCAUGACAGGGUAUCCAAGGCGACCUAUACAGAGCUCAUUGACCGGAUUGACAAGAGGCUUGCAGGGUGGAAAGUUAAAUCCUUGUCUUUGGCAGGGAGGAUUACUCUAGCACAGUCGGUCCUAUCCUCUCUCCCAGCUUAUACGAGGCAGACAUUGCUACUCCCGGCUUCUGUUCGCGAGUAUAUUGAUAAGAAGAUCCGAGGUUUUAUUUGGGGGAGCUCUGAUCAGGGAAGGAAGAUACAUCUAGUGGACUGGGAUACACUAUGCCAACCAAAGGAGGAGGGCGGCUUGGGUCUGCGUAGUGCCACCCGUAUGAACGAAGCAUUCAUGAUGAAAAUUGCCUGGAGAUUAAUGACAGAGGCUGACUCUCUUUGGGCACGUGUUGUGCGUAGUAAGUAUCUGCGGCGCACUGACGGAGGAUGGCAGCCAAGAACCGAGGGGCGGCUUUCGAAUUUGUGGCGGGGUGUUCUAAAGGUCCUUCAUCAUUUACCAAAAGGGAUGAUGUGGAAUAUAAAGAGUGGGUUGCAGAUGAGAUUUUGGGAGGACUGUUGGCUCCAGGACGGUCCACCAUUAGCCGAGUUUGCGCAAGAUCUCCCUGAGGCGGCAAGGGAUCUCACGGUGGCUGACCUAGUUCUCAAUGGGGAAUGGAAUCUCCCGUUCAUUCGUGCCUUCUUGCCCGAGGCCUUGGUUAUGCAACUGUCGCUCCACCCAGUCCCGUACGAAGAAGAGCCCGACAUCCCUGUUUGGCGGCUCUCUCCUAAUGGACUCUUUACUAUCAAGUCGGCUUGCGAACUCUUGCGGGAGGAGGAGGACAUUGGCCAAUCCCAUCCGGUUUGGAAGAAGGUUUGGCGGGUUGCAGGGCCCCAGAGAACAAGAACAUUCUUUUGGCUUGUACUUCACAAUAAGCUGCUCAUCAAUGGGGAGCGCCGCCGACGACACCUAGCUCAAGUUGAUGAUUGUCAGAUAUGUGGCGGUGGACCAGAGACGACUAUGCAUGUGCUUCGGGAUUGCUCUUAUGCCAGGGCUGUUUGGUCGGAGGUCCUACAGGAUGAGCCGGAUUGUGACUUUUUUAUGGAGGACAGCGUCAAAUGGGCGCUACACUACCUGGCAGACCGGAGUGCUGUUGUAGACUCUUCCCUCUUUGCCGUCCUAUGCUGGAAGCUUUGGAAAAAUAGGAACAAGUGGGUCUUUGACGAAGUGUUGGCGCCGACCUCACUACUGGCUCGCCAAGCUGAAGAAAUGAAGCAACAAUGCCACCUCGCGCUCAAUAAGGUGCAGGAAGCCAUGGGCUCCGGAGGCGAGAGGAGCUCGAGAUUGGUUAGCUGGGAGAGGCCGUCUCCGGGAUGGAUCGCCUUGAAUACAGAUGGGUCAGUGAUAUUAGCCUCGGGGAGUGCCACGCUGGGAGGUGUACUUCGGGAUAGCGAGGACAGAUUUAUGCGGGCCUUUUCAAUUUGGGUGGCCGAUCUAUCACACAUGCCAAACUGGCCGGAAUCUAUCAUGGCCUUACUAUCGCCUGGGACAUGGGGAUACGACGAGUGCGACUUCAGACUGACUCUAAGACGGCGCUAA